AUGAGAUUCUCAGCAGGUUAUUUAGUCUUAUCAUUGGUGUUGGUAAUAGAAGCAGCAACAUGUUCCACAUUUUUCACCAGAGAAAAAAAGCUAUCAGAGUUCAACCACAAACUUGACCAAACAUCAUCUAAUCCUUCACAAACAAACACAAGUAGUAAGAGGGUGUUGUACCCGAGUGAAUAUGGCGCAGACCCAACAGGAUCAGAAGAGAGCAGUGAUGCGAUAUUGAAAGCUGUGGAGGAUGCAUUUAGGUUGCAAAAGGGUCUUGAAUUGGUAGCGGGUGUGAAGGAUUUGGGAGGUGUUGUUAUUGAUUUGGGAGGUGGAGAUUACAAAAUCAGUAAACCCAUUAUUUUUGCCCCAGGUGGUGGCAAUGUUGUGGUUAAAGGAGGAACCUUAAGAGCAUCUGAUACUUUUCCUGGUGACCGACAUCUAGUUGAGCUGUGCUCAUCAAAUUCCAACAAACUCAACACAGUAGAAUCCAUGCAAACUGGUAACCUCAGUGACAUAAAGACAGAAAACAAUGGCAUUUACUAUGAAGACAUAACUUUCAGGGACAUCCUCUUUGAUUCAACCUACCGAGGAGGAGGAAUUUACAUCGUUGAUUCCGCUAGAAUCCGAAUCAACAACUGCUUCUUCCUGCAUUUCACCACAGAAGGAAUUCUAGUACAGAAAGGACAUGAAACAUUCAUAUCAAGUUGUUUUCUUGGACAACACUCAACAGUUGGUGGUGACCACGGUGAGAAGGGCUACUCGGGGGUCGCUAUUGAUCUUGCUAGUAACGAUAAUGCUGUCACGGAUGUUGCCAUUUUCUCAGCAGCCAUCGGUAUUGUGCUAAGGGGCCAAGCUAAUAUUCUAUCAGGUGUGCAUUGUUAUAACAAAGCAGCAGCAUUUGGUGGUAUAGGUAUAUUAGUGAAACUAGCAGGAAAUUCUCUAACUAGAAUCGACAACUGUUAUAUGGAUUAUACCGGUAUAGUAAUGGAAGACCCUGUUCAAGUUCAUGUCACUAAUGCCCUAUUUCUCGGGGAUGCUAAUAUUUUACUGAAGUCGGUUAAAGGUCAGAUUUUGGGCUUGAAUAUAGUUGAUAAUAUGUUCAAUGGCGAUCCUAAUAAGAAGGUUCCGAUUGUAAAUCUAGAUGGGCAAUUUAGUAAUGUUGAACAAGUUGUGAUUGAUAGAAACAAUGUAAACGGUAUGGGGUUGAGAUCAACGGUUGGGAAGUUAACUGUGAGCGGUAACAGCACGAAAUGGGAGGCUGAUUUUUCAUCGGUUUUGGUUUUUCCUAAUCGGAUUAGUCAUGUUCAAUAUUCAUUUUAUGCUCAAGGGGAGCCAAAAUUUGUAGCGCAUUCUGUUACCAAUGUGUCGGAUAACGUUGUAGUUGUGGAGAGUGAUAAAGAAGCUAAAGGAUCAGUCUUCUUCAGAGUUGAACAAUAA